UAAAUAAAUUAUUUAGCAAUCUCGUAGUGAAUUGUUUCUGGGCAAUUUACAAAAUCUUGCAUUAGAAGCCAACGUUUGUGAUUAAUCUGUGGGAUAAACCCUAGGAAAGUCUUGUUUUUUUUCCCCGUCUUCUUGCGUUUAGUUCUUCAGAUAUGGUGGUGAUGAAUCCCUCGUUGUGUGUUGGUACACAACCGCUUGUGUUCCUCCCUCCUCGACUGAAUCAUUUUUCCAGUAAUGGAAACUUUCAUAGGCGUUAUCCUACAACAGUUUCUAUGCAACGCCAACCGUGGAGCCAGAGAAAAUUUCCUUCUGUCCAGGCAGUUGGAACGCAUGCAGUGCAACCUGUUGUCGUCUCUAAGAAUAAAAGAUCUGUCUUUAUAUGUAACUCUGCGCUGAAUUCAAAAUGCAGUCAAGGGCAAACGCAGACCGUUACACGGCAAUCACCAACGAUCACACAAGCUCCUACUCAUGGAAAAGAGAAAUCCCCAAAGCUUGAUGACGGUGGAAAUGGGUUCCCGCCUCGGGAUGAUGGCGGUGGUGGUGGUGGCGGAGGUGGUGGUGGGAGCUCUUCAGGUGGAUUCUUCCUUUUCGGGUUUCUUUUGUUCAUGGGAUACUUGAAAGAUUUGGAGGGCGAACAUGAAAACAACCAUUAAAGGAGGGGAAAACAUGAAUGCAGAACAGAAAAAUCUCAAGACAAGUAUUCUCCAAGAGAAAUCGUGUACCUGAGACGAUAGAUUCUAGUACUAUCAAUAGGCACAGAUCUUAUGUUUUCUCAGUUGUGUUAUGAAUCAGAUUCUUGUUCCUUGACACAGACAAAGCUCAUCUUAAACAAGUGUUCGAACUAUGCAACCAUUAAUGACUUAAAAUUUUACUCCUCUUCUUU